AGAAAUGUAAAAUUGAUGAGUUUGACAAUGCCUGGGCUGCUAUGGUGAAACAGUACAAGUUGGAGAACAAUAACUGGGUGUCGGAUAUUCAUCUGAAGCGUGAUAAUUGGGCUGAGGCAUAUCUCCGUGGUCACAUGUUUGCUGGAAUGAGGAGCACUCAACGUGUCGAGGGUAUAAAUGCAUAUUUCAAUAUAUUCCUAAACCAAAAGGUUAGGCUGUAUGAAUUUGUAGCGCAGUAUGAUAGGGCUCUUGCUAGAAUGCGUGUUAAUGAGGCAGAAACAGAAUCUAAAACAGAGAAUAGUUUCCCGGUUUUGACUACGCCAUUGAGGAGUUUAGAGAAACAUGCAGCUGAACUCUUUACUCGGAAGAUUUUCUCAUUGUUUCAACAUGAAAUCAGGAAAGAGGGUAAAUUGUUUGUGAUGGAAAGAGUUCAGCUGGAGGAUCAUCGCACCUACCGUUUUGGUGAGUACAAGGCACCAACAUGCACGUGGACGGUUGAGUAUUUUCCAGCUAAUAUCACAAUGAAAUGUUGUUGCUUGAAGUUUGAGUCGUUUGGCAUCCCUUGCUGCCACAUGAUUGCUGUUAUGAAAUCUGAACAAUUAAUGUGUAUUCCACCGAGUUGUGUCUUGCAGAGAUGGACAAGACGUGGUAGGUCAAAGUGUCAACAACCAAGUCUUACCCAAAUUUGUAGCACCCUAACACAGACAGCUCGGUUUGGUAUACUCAGCUCCUGUUUUAGUGAAAUGUCAUAUUAUGCCUCACACGCGGACAAAGAUUUUGAAGAGGCAAGGGAAAUAGCUUUCCAGCUGACAUCGCAGAUGAAAAAACGUUGGGCAAUGAGAAAAGAAGGUAACGCCGAGGCUGGGGACAAAAAUAUUGCACCCAAACUAUAUGGCGUUGGUGAUCCGAAUGUAGUGAAGACCAAAGGGAACCCCAGAGGGACAUCUUGUAUGGGUAAACCUCCAAAACCAAGGCGGUGUGGGUAUUGUAGGAGCAUCGGACACACGAAGCGGACGUGUAAAAAAUUGGCUUCAAGUAGCCACAGAGAGGGUAGCAACUCAGACAGUGAACCAUUCAUGAACACAGAGUUCGAUCCCCACACGGAUGAUAUCGAUGAAUUGCCAAUUUAUCCAAAUGAUCCAGUGUAGUUGACUUUCAUGAUGAGGCUUACAGUGAUCGAAACAUUGUUUUUACAAGGAGACAUUAGUGGCUAGUAGUUAUGUUUUGUUAAUGUCUUAGUUGUUUUAAUCUUAGGCAUUCUUAAUAAAUUUCGUAGUUUGGAGAAUAAUUUUGAAAAUAA